AUGGCUGAGUAUUUGAACUUAAAAAUCCACCACAAUGGUGAAUUUGUUGAUGACGAAAUGAGUGUGUACGAAGGGGGUCAGGUUGCCGAGUUGAAAAUAGAUGUUGAUAGAUGGAGUUACUUUGAACUGUUAGGUUGUUUUAAGGAUUUAAGAUACAAUUUGAUUGAGAAGGUAUAUUAUCGAGAUCCAACCUUUAGGAUGAACUUGUUGGUUAAUGACAAAUGUGCUCUAGAGAUUACUUAUCUCUAUAGGGUGCAUCUUAAUGUUGACAUUUAUAUUCAACACACAUUGUCACAGCCUGAUUACUAUGACGGUCCUGUUGAUGAAAUAGUUGUAGAGCAAAAUGAAAUUGUGGAUGAGACUGAACAAGUCAUCGCUGCAAUGUAUGAGGAAGCAGUUAAUGGGGGUUUGAAGGAAACUGAGCUGAUGGAAGGUGAUGGUAGUGGUAAGAAUGGUGCAAGGGAAAAUGAUGUUAUGGAAAAUGAUGUUUUGGAAAAUGUUGUUAGGGAAAAUGUUAUUAGUGAAAAUGCUGUUAUGGAAACUGAUGGAAAUGUUAACAACGAACAAGGUGGUAGUGAGGUCAAUGAUGUAUUUAGUUCUGAUGAUAGUGAGGAUGAAAGCUUCAUCUAUGACAGUGCAAUGAAGGUAGCAUUUGAUGAUUAA